GAGGGUCACUCCCACUUUUUUUAUCAUCGUGAUGGGUUCUAUCAGUUAUAUUUUAUUGAACUUUUUGGUUUUAUGUUAUUUCGGGAAAGUAUAUUGUGGAGUACCUGUUUUUAUAUGGGAGUCAAGUGCUAUAACUGAAAAAGAAGAUGUCGUUCCUGCCCUUUCCCAACUGGAUGUGGACGAGUUCACAAAUCAUCUGGUUAAAAAAAUUCACAUUCAUAAACCAUUGAUUGUAGUAUUUCUUGAAGAAACAUUAUCUGUUGAAGAUUUUAGUUGGAAGGAUAAUCGCUACAAAGGUUCUUUUCCACAGUUAAAAAAUAUUUCUAGCAUGUCAGCUAAAUUAGAGUUCAUUCCUUCAGUUGAUGAUCCUAUGACAUCUUUGAGAGAGCUGAUUGUUAGUCAUGAUUAUGUAUGGAAAAAGUAUGAUGGUGUAAAAUUACCCAUUGAAUCAGGAAUAAUACUUGUUGUCAAAAUGAAAGAUCCCUUGAAUUUUGAAGACCGACCUCAAAUGCUCAGAAGACAUGACGGAAACAUUGCUGAAAUCUACAGUCAGCUAUUAGCUAAACAUAGUAGGAUCAUUGCAAUAUUUACUGGAAAACAAAGCUCAUGGGUUGAAUUUGAAAGCAACCGUGUUAAAAGACAACUUUUUCCUGAAGGUUCAUAUAACUUUCUGGUUGGUGAUAUACUGUUGCAUACUUUAAGUCCUCCAGUUCUGUAUGAUGGAAUUAAUAACAUCACUUUAUCUAGCAUUCCUGUUCUUGUUUACGAUAAUAGAUCUACUACAACUAGAUUCUCUAGAAUGAUUUUGAAGUAUACCCUAAAUAAUUCUGAUGGUUCUUCUGGGAAAAUAGUUUUACGAUUGAAGUUCCCUAAAAAUGAAGGACGUUGGUCACUCAGUGAAAUUGAAUAUGAAGAUAAUAGUGGUAAGUCCUUCCACUUGUUGCCAGCAAUGAAUUAUCCAUUAGGAGAGGAGAUAGGUUCUGCUGUGCAUUCAACUACACCAGUGAUAUUUCAAUAUACUGAUCCUAAUGGUAUACGUAACAUUUCACUUGUCUUCAAUGAUAUGCUUGUUGAAGCUUAUAACCUCUCAGGUUUUUAUCCACCUACUUUACUUUCUGGUAAAAGAGCAACAACCAGCCAAGGCCCACCAUAUUUUACAGAAGCUAUCUGGUCCGGCCUGAUUGUCACCUUUAUUCUUGGCAUUAUACUUGCCUGGGGUAUUACAAUGCUUCUUGAUAUUAGAACAAUGGAUAGGUUUGAUGACCCUAAAGGAAAAACCAUUUCUGUCUCUGCUAUUGAGUAGAAAGUUUUAGGUUAAAAUAUUGAAGUUGGUGAAAUCUUGAAAUACUAGGUGUCACAGUAAUUAAAAAAAACGAUGAACUUUACAUUCCAAACUCGCCCAAUUACUUUUUAUUAUUUUAACAGUUGGCCGUGGUGGGUAUCGUAAUAUGAUUCUAAUUGUUAAUAAAUGUAUUUGAAGAAUUUUACUUCUUGUUAAAUGUUGUUACCUGUGAAUUUUAAUGUAAAUAGUUCUUAUCUUAAGUUUAAUUGUGUUUUUAGUUUUAAUAUAUUGUAAAUUAAUUGUUCUGUAUAUGUUUCCCUCCCUCUUCUCAAAAUUUUAUUAGGAAGCUAAAAUUAUUUAUACAUGCAUAAUUAGUUAUUUGAUCCAAGGUAUUUGAAUUUUUAGUUUAAUUGUAUUUUGUUAGAAAUUUGUAUAAUUGAUAGGAAUAGUUAAGCAGUCACAAUUGAUACUUGAUAUUUUUAAAACCUAGAAGAGUGAUUGAACAUUUCAUUUUAAAUUCAUUCGUAUUAUACAAGAAAAACAGCAAUAUUUGUGUAUUAUAUAGUCCAUUUAGUUUAUAUAAUAUAAAAAUGUAUUACAUAGUUGAUAAUUUUAGAUGCUCGUUUAAUAUUAAAUAUAUGUUAAUGUUUUUCUCCCAUUUUCCUGAACUCUGAUUGUAAAUAUCUAUCAUUGCAAAGGAUUUUGAAUUCUGUAAUGCUAUACAGUUAAUUUAUUACACUCAAGCAGUCCUAUUAUUUAUAGAUUUAUUGGAUUUUGUCAGUUAUGGUAAUUGGUAUUUGUCAAACAAUAAAUUUAUGUUAUUGUCUACUUUUAAUA